CAACAAUACGUAAUUAAUGCGGAAGCGGAUGUGCUUGAAUCCCGCACACCAACGAGCCGAUAGCGUGCAGCAUCACAUCCAUCGAUAUUUGUAGCAAACACUGUAAACAGUUGUGAUCUUGCGUGUGUGAGACAGCGAGGCCCACUGACUGUGUUAUGAUGGAGCAGCUGACCGAUGCACUGUACUGGAUCGGAGCUGUCACGGUGGCCUGGCUGUCGGUCAACACUCUGUGCUGUCUGCUCAGCGGGAUCCGCGUGUGGAUUGUGGGCAAUGGGAAUUUGAUGAGGGCGUCCCUACUCGGGAAAUGGGCAGUUGUGACUGGGGCCACUGAUGGAAUUGGAAAAGCCUAUGCGGAGGAGCUUGCUCGACGAGGUUUUGCUAUCGUUCUCAUCAGCCGUACUCAAGAGAAGCUGGAUGAAGUGUCCAAAGCUAUUGAGAGCAAGUAUAAUGUAGAGACCAAAACCAUUUCUGCUGACUUUGGAUCUGUGGACAUCUACCCGAAGAUCGAGUCUGGACUGGCCGGACUGGAAAUAGGAGUUUUAGUUAACAAUGUUGGAGUGUCUUAUUCCUACCCAGAGUUCUUCCUCAACAUUCCUGAUGUUGACAGUUUCAUCAACAAUAUGAUCAACAUCAACAUCACAUCAGUUUGUCAGAUGACUCGUUUGAUACUGCCCAGGAUGGUAGAUAGGUCUAAAGGAGUGAUCUUGAAUGUUGCUUCUGCGAGUGGCAUGUACCCAGUUCCUCUCCUCACCCUCUAUUCUUCCUCGAAGGCCUUUGUGGACUACUUCUCCCGUGGUCUUGCUGCUGAAUACAAAAGCAAAGGGAUUAUUAUACAGAGUGUGCUGCCGUUUUAUGUGACGACCAAACUGAGUAAAAUCAGGAGGCCCACUCUUGACAUCCCCUCUCCGGAACGCUAUGUUAAAGCCCAGCUGUGCACUGUAGGGCUGCAGACUCAGUCGAAUGGUUACUUCCCUCAUGCCGUCAUGGGUUGGGUGACUACUGCUCUGCUUCCUGCAAAAUUGCUCAACAAAUAUGUGAUGAGCAUGGGGUUGUCCCAGCGUGCACGCUAUCUGAAGAAACAGAAGCAAGGUUAGAAACAGAAAAGGGACAGACAGAGGGAUGAAGGGAUGGUGUGAUUAAAGAAAAGGAGGGACCAACCAACCAACCAACCAAAAAUAAAUAAAUAAAUCCCCAAUCUCUCUUCCCUUUUGCUAUCAAGGACCAAGAGCACUCACACCCAACUGCUCCUGAGAUGGUUAAAAAAAAGCAUGAUUUGCUUGAACAGCCUUUGCUUAGUUUGGUAAGACAGCCACAGAAAAGCUGAAGUUCCUAACAGUCACUAACAGCAUUGAUCAGUGCAGUUUGUUUGGUUUUCUUUUAAAGAAAGUACAUAUUUAGUAGUUCUCUGGUAAUAGUCAUCUGAUGAACAUAAAUAAUGAGAAAAAUGUUCUCCAGCUGAAUGAAAUGUCUAUUCGCACAACAACACGUCCAUUAACAUAAUUGAUAUGAUUGAAAUUAGGCAGCUUGCCCUCAAUCGUUUAAAAAUUGCAUCUGCAACGUCUACAAAAUGGUUCACUUAUAAUCUUGGUCAAUAUUUGCUUUUUUUCCCAUCUGACUCAGCAGUUGUUUAUUAACUAAAUGCACUACAUGAACUAUUUGUGCCCAUCACAGAUGGCACUAUGCUUUCUAUCUUUAGAGCAUCUUUUUGAAUGGAGAUGUGAUUUAUAUUGCACUAACAUUGUUGUGGAAUGUUUGUGUACGUCCUGUAUGGUUAACUUUGUAAUGCUGGUACUGCUGGUGACAGGAAGCAAAUUUCAACUCUGACACCAGUUUAUUUGAAUGCUCAGGCUGUUAUUCCGUUAUUAUCUGGUCAAUGAUAAUGCAGUAUUUUCUCC